AUGAAGUUUUUUCUAUGGCUGCCGGUUUUGGCAGUUUGCUUCUGUUCCGCCUCUGCCAAGGUCGGCAACGACCCGCUCUGCGGCAGCAAAGGCCCGCCCACCAACCCGGAUGGACGCAUCGUGGGCGGAGAGGUGGCCGAACCGCACGAAUAUCCCUGGAUGGCCUCCUUUCAGGCGUACAAGCCCUCCGAGGGUCGGCUGACGCACAACUGCGGCGCCUCCAUUCUCAACGACCGGUGGAUCAUCACCGCCGCCCACUGCGGCGUCAUUAUGGGCGGCAUUCGGCCCACCAUUGUUGUUGGAAGCUACAACCUCACCUCCACCGGGCCGCUCGAGUCUGCCCGCCAGUCGUUGUCCAUCGAGAAGUUCAUCACUCACCCAAACUUCAGCUCCUCGCACGACUACCUUGCCAAUGACAUUGCGCUGAUCCGCCUGGCGACGCCCAUCGCCAACCUGAGCACCGCCCCGCAGUUGGGAAGCAUUUGCGUUCCAGAGAAGGCUAAGAACGCCGGAAACGAGUUCGUCGACAGCAUUGCCACCGCCUCAGGCUGGGGCGUCACCUUCAGCGGCAGUGCCACGCCGCAUGACGUCCUCAUGAAGGUCUUUCUGCCCAUGGUGGCUGUGAAAGAGUGCGCCGAGGUUUUUCAGACCUCCGAGGAGGACACUAAAACGAUGCUGUGCGCCUUUGCCAAGGGCAAGGACACCUGCCAGGGCGACAGCGGCGGCCCGAUCGCCCUUAAGAUUGACCAAAAGUGGACGGUGAUUGGACUGACCAGCUUUGGCCGCGGCUGUGGCGGCUCCACGCCGGGCGUCUACUCUCGGGUGGCCCUCUUCAGCGACUGGAUCUGGGAGACCAUUGGCCAGUACAAGAACGGAAAUGAGGAGAAUGGCAAUCAAAGUAGCUAA